AUGGGACCUAAUGGAGAUAGAGGUGACACUGGAGUUCCUGGACAAGCAGGGUUUCAAGGACCAGCCGGACCGAUAGGACAACCAGGACCAAUUGGGCCAACUGGUCAACCUGGUUCUGCCGGACCUUUAGGACCUCAAGGACCAGCCGGUUUACAAGGUCCAACUGGACCAAAGGGAGUGCAAGGAGGCACUGGUCCUAUUGGGCCUACGGGGCCAGCAGGUCCAAAAGGACCCAAAGGAGAUACGGGACCUGCUGGAAAUGAUGGUGCUCAAGGCCCCCUUGGACCAUUAGGACCUCCUGGAGCGCCUGGUCAACAAGGAGCAACUGGUGUAGCUGGACAACAGGGACCUCAGGGGCCUACUGGUCAGCCUGGUUCACAAGGUAAUAUUGGAUCUCCAGGUAGUCCGGGCCAAACUGGACAACCUGGUCCUCGUGGUCCGUCUGGAUCACCAGGCCCAUUUGGGCUGAAAGGACCUCAAGGAACUCCAGGAGGUCAAGGAGGAACAGGUUCCACGGGAGGUACGGGUUUAAUGGGUUUAGCCGGUCCCAAAGGUGAUCCCGGUAACACAGGAGAUCGUGGUGCUCCAGGUUUUUCCGGCAAUCCUGGACCUCAAGGACCUAACGGUCAACCUGGACCUUCUGGCUCAGUUGGUAUUCCUGGCGAUGUAGGCUUUACUGGAGCUACUGGCUUUCCUGGUCCAUCUGGUCGGUGA